AUGGCGGAUAGUAUCAAGGCACUUGAGGAUGAGCUGAAUCGCCAGCUGGAGGUCCUGGCGGAGGAGCGCAAGGGUCUGAGUGCGCUUCAACGAAAGAUGAACCGCGCCGCGGGUGGGCCCAAUGAGGGCGAUGAGGACAGUAGAAGACGGCAACUCCUGACGGCCAACAAGAAACUCCGUCAGGACCUCGAGAGGUUGAAACGCGAGGGUGCCGUGCCCGGAAGCAGCCCGCAGUUGAUUGGCGUACGAAACAAGAUUGCCGCUGCCUGGAAGGAGGUGGACGAGGUGGAGCAGGAGGUGGACACACUGCUGUUGCUGCUGCGUGAUAGAAAAAAGGUACUGGAAAGAGAACGCAAAUGCAAUCGCUCCGUCGACGUCCUUCGGGGGAGGCAGCGGGAGGAGCAACAAAGUCUUCGCGCGAAGUUGAAGGAACUUGAGGGUAAGCUCAAAAGAUCAGAGAAGAGAGAUGUCAUGCUACGCAAUCGCUUUACGCAACUGCAAAACCAGGUCUUGUUGAAUGUAACCGAAAAGGACGCCACCGCAUUGAGGAAAAAGCACAAGCAGCAGAUGAGAACAAUCGGCAAGCUUCAGAAACGGCGAGAGGAGCAGGCAUCUUCUUGGAUCAAAGUGGUGGAAAAUGACGGUCAACGCCUUACCAUUAGGGAGAAAAUGGCAAAGUCCCAAAUGGAGAAGGAAAUUGCGGAGCUGCAGGCACUCGUGUUAGAACGCAACGAGGAGAUUGCCCAGCUAAAGCACCGCCUGGCCAAAAGUUUUUUUUAA